UCCCCCUCCGGCUCCUACCUCUCAGCGCUCACCCGAGACUUAGGACCAGAGUCUGCACCUCCUCCAGGGCAGUUCCGGCCYCAGACCCCCAGGCCCUGGGUUGAGGGGUGCUGGCCGUGGGAGGCAGGGACAGUAGGUUCCCUACCCCCGCCGCCGCCGCCUCUUCUUCCACCACUGCCGCCGCCUCCUCUUCAUCUGCGGCCCACCGGCGGCGGCCGCCCCGAAGCCCCGCCCCCUCCAUCGCCUCCUGCAUCAUCACUUCCGGUAACCCCGCCGGCCGCCAGCUCCAGGAGGGAGAAUGGGAGAGGGGCGGGGAGGGAACGGGUGGAAGAUUACGUCACGGCGUACGCAAAGACGUACGAAGCCAUAGCCAAAUGACAACAGCAACACGACAAGAAGUUCUUGGCCUCUACCGCCGGGUUUUCAGGCUUGCAAGGAAAUGGCAGGCGGCAUCAGGGCAGAUGGAAGACACCAUCAGAGAAAAACAGUACAUACUCAACGAAGCAAGAACACUAUUCCAGAAAAACAAAAACCUCACAGACAGAGACCUGAUUAAACAGUGUAUAGAUGAAUGCACAGCCAGAAUUGAAAUUGGACUACAUUACCAGAUUCCUUACCCAAGGCCUAUUCAUCUGCCUCCAAUGGGCCUUACACCACUACAAGGCCGGGGACUUCGAACCCAGGAGAAACUGAGGAAACUUUCCAAACCAGUGUAUCUCAAGUCCCAUGAUGAAGUUUCUUAACCAGAAGUCAAUUUAUUUCCAAGARUGAUGAGCCAUCUCUGUCUUAAAUGGAAACCAGAAUACAGCACUCUUCACCUUUAUUAGGGACAAAAAAACAAGCUGCUUCUUCGGACCUCCACAACUAGUCCUCAUCCAUAGUAUGUGUCUACACAUCACAAGGGUUUGUUUGGGUCUUGCUGCCUGAGCAGAUGGCAUUAACCCUAGAGGUCACUAAAGUCACCUUUAGAAACAGGUGGGAGGAAAGCUAAAGGUGAUGAAAUUUUUCAUGGGAAUGCUGUUUGCCACACAUCAGCCAAUGCAAAGCAUCAGUUGUUGGUAUAGAAGUUCUUUUGGCUAUUCAAAAACUAUAAACUCCUUCAAAAUAUUUUUUUAAAGGAGACUUAUUUUUUGUACUGGCAGCUGGGAUGUUUUACCACUGAGCUACAUACCCAUGCACGGCACCCACCUUCCUGCAUCCCGUUUGAUUUAAUCAGAGUUAGGGCCUUACUAAGUUGCUGAGGCUGGCCUCAAAUUUGUGAUCCUACUGCAUCGGCCUCUUGAGUUACUGGGAUUAUAGGCAUGUGCCACUAUACCCAGCAAGCAAAAUGUUAUAGAUUUACAUAAAAGUGGUUGUUUCUGUGUGAGCUUGUUUAUARUCUUGUGAUCCUUUCAAUUUCCAGAUGAACUCCCUUUAAAAAGUAAGAUUGAUCAUGGUGUUUCAAUCUGACCAUGGAAAUUUUAUGUGACACCUAUGCCCCCCCUCCCCAUACACAAAAGCGCAUGCCUUAGUUAAAUGUGUGUUUAUCUUUGUGUGUGUGUGUGUGUGUGUGUGUGUGUGUGUGCGCGCAUGCGUGCGCGUGGUAUGGUACUAGGGAUAGA